GCAUGGCAAAAGCAGUGCAGUGUGAGCAAGUUGGCUGGGCAAGCUUUUGUGCAAGAAAACUUCCUGUCAUGGCGAACACUUGUCAUGUUGGCAGACAUCAAACAGCAGUUUCUGGAGCUGCUUGCAAGCAUUGGCUUUGUGUCCCCAGACACUGUCAGGCGACGGAGAGGUGGCAGUGACAUAGUUCUGGCCCAAACUGGGCCUGAGUUGAACGCCAAUGGAGAAAACAACCAGUUGCUGGUAGCCAUUCUGUGCGCUGCUCUCUAUCCACAAGUGGUGCAAGUUCUAACUCCUGAGAAAUCGUAUACUGCCAGUGCAACAGGUGCUGUACCGAAACAACCAAAAGCUGCUGAUCUUCGCUUCAAGACCAGAGAUGAUGGCUUU